AUGAACAUCGGACAGGAGAAGAAGAAUGUGCCUCACGCUGCCAUCAACGGGCUCCACCCUGCCGACUGCUACGUGCCCCGCGUUGCUGUCAACGGGCACCAUGUGCGUGUGGCCUCCAAUGCCACACCUGUGGCCGUGCUGCCGGCACAGGGCCUGCCCCAGGAGUCCGGUCUCCUUCGCGUCUGUCGAAGUUCCGACGACGACGACGACGAGGAGACCGAGGCCCACGCUGCCGACGCCCCAGGUACCCCCGGUCGGCAGGAGUCCGGUCUCCUUCGCGUCUGUCGAAGUUCCGACGACGACGACAAGGAGACCGAGGCCCACGCUGCCGACGCCCCAGGUACCCCUGCUCUCCUUCGCGACCGUCGAAGCUCCGACGACGACGACGAGGAGGCCGAGGCCCACGCUGCCGACGCCCCAGGUACCCCUGGUCAGCAGGGGCCUGGUCUCCUUCGCGGCCGUCGAAGCCCCGACGACGACGACGACGACGACGGCAAGGGGAGCAAGGCCCAUGCCGCCCAUGAGACAUGGAGAGCGUGCGCAGAACGCUGCGCACGCUCAAGGACGACCUCGCCAUUACACGGCGACUGCGCCGACGCCGACUGGAGCGAAAGGCGGCCCUGGCCCUCCACCGCGCCGCCGACCGACGAGCCACCAAUCAAGGCCCAUGCUUCUGAGCAGGGGGCUUGGAGGGACCAGCACGGCAUGGGCACAGUCGCUGCUCUUGAGGUUGGCCAAAGUCGCAUCGGGGCGGAGGCCAUGGGAGAGAGUGUGCACCUCGAGUCUCCACCGAGUUACUGGCGGUCGACGGCCUGA